GGCUGGAUAAUAGAGAUUGAGAGAGAGAGAGAGAGAGAGAGAGAGAAGAAACAAAAAAGGUGGGAAUAAAAGAGGUGUGGGAGUAUAACUAAUAGAGAGAGAGAGAGAGAGAAAGAGAGAGAUUGUGAAAACCAAAGAAGAGGGAAGGGACAGACACUUGACUUGUUGAAGGUUCCGCUGUGCAUUAUUACACAGGCUGCAACAGACAUGAACAAUCGAUCUAUAGCGUGGUGGCUGAGACAGAUCGGCCUGCCCCAGUACACCAAGAGCCUGGAGGGAGUGUAUUAUGGUCUGGAGGGUUUACUGCAUGUAAAUGAUAAAGACCUAAAAGACGCAGGGGUGGAUGAUGCCGAACAUAGAGCCACCAUACUCACCCAGCUAUGCAAACACCAACAGAAACUGCAGCCUACCACAGAUGUGUACGCGACGGUCCGGCGCAGGGUGAGCCGUAAGCACUCGCUAGGCUCCUCACUGGACCUCGGCCGGCCGCGCAGCGACCUCUUCCGCCAGAGCAUCGUGCCCCGCCUCCGUCGCCGCGGCGACAACAGCGCCCGCCUCUCCUCGUCCUGCUCUCAGCUCCGCCCACUGGAGGAGCCGAACGCCGACCUGCUGCAGCCCACCUGCUCUGAGGAGCCCAAACAGAAGCAGAGCAAGCGGAAGAGUGUUGCCGCUUUCCUAAGCCAGGUGUUUGGCGGACGUAAGGACGUGAUGGAGUCUCUGAGGAAGGAGCUGGAGGAGGAGCUGAAGCUGAACACAGACGACAUACGGAGCCACGCCUGGUACCACGGGGAGAUAAACAGAGAGGAUGCGGAGGCGCUGCUGGAGCGGGACGGGGACUUCCUGAUACGGAACUCAAACUCCAGUCCCCAUGACUACGUGCUCAGCUGCCGUUGGAAGGACGGGCCCAUGCACUUCAAGAUCAUCCGUGUGGUGCUGCGCCCCAAGAAGGGCUACACGCGGGAGCUUUUCCAGUUUGAGGACGAUCAGUUCGACAACAUCCCGGCGCUGGUCCGUUUCCAUGUGGGUGGACGUCUGCCCAUCUCGCACGGGUCCGGCGCCGUCAUCUUCCACCCAAUCACGCGCACCCUGCCCCUGCGGGUCAUCAGAGAGCGCCAGGCGGCCAAGGCGCCGCGGGACCACAGCAAGAGGCGGAGCCUAAGCUCCACGCACAUGGACAUGCUGCAGGUCAACAACAACAACCUGCUCAGGAGCGGGAGUCAGCCGGCUAACCUGGAGAAUGUGGGCAGGCCCUCCUUACAGUCAGCUCAGUCUGACAGCAACCUGCGCACAGGAGUCCCGCCCAUCAACCAAUCCCCUUCCUGCGGCCCCGCCCCCAUCUCCCCCGUGUUCCGCACGGGCAGCGAGCCGCUCCUGAGCCCGCGCGCGUCCAAGCGCCCCGGCCAAUCCCCGCCCUCCCCUGCCUCGUGCGCCUCGCCUUCGCCCUCGGGCAGCUUGGGGGGCGUCACCCUCCGCGGCUCCGACGGCCAGCUGCACUCCCGGGCGCCGCCCAAGCCCCUCCGCGUCUCCGCCCUCUUCCCCCCCGCCAACAACGCCGCCCCCCCGCCCUCCCCCUCGGCGCUGGCCGCGGCGAUGGCGGCGGCGCCGUCGUCGAGGUCGCGCCAAGACCCCUCGUGCUUCUACGACGUCCUGGUGCCGCAGAUCCCGCCGUCCAUGCUGCCCCGCGGGCACGCCGCCCGCCUCCGCGCCGAGGAGAAGUGGCAGAGCCGCGCCCGCCUCACCGAGACCAGCUUCGGCUUCCUGGAGACGACGACCACGCCGCCGCUGCUACCCCCGCGCCAGCUGGACGGGAGCGCCGAGACGUCGACGUCGACAUCGGCGGCAGCGGCGGCCGAGGACGAGGACGAGGAGGAAGCGGCGACGGCGUUCGUGAGGCCGCGCGAGGAGACGGAGUCGAGCUUCCGGCUGGGGACGUUCGAGUCGCUGCUGCUGCCGGAGGGGAACAAGCCCCUGGAGCAGGCGGUGCUGAUGCAGCUCAAGGAGCUGUUCUCGCGCGUGCCCGCACGCACCACCGCACUGCACAUGCUCAGUGUGGACUGCCAGGUUGCCCGUAUCACCGGGGUGACGAUGGAGCAGAGGAGGAUGAUGGGAGUGAACUCUGGUUUGGAGCUCAUCACGCUACCGCACGGCAGCCAGCUCAGACAAGACCUGCUGGAGAGGCACCACCUGAUCUCCCUGGGCAUCGCGGUGGACCUGCUGGGCUGCACGGGCACGGUGGGGCAGCGGGCGACCGUCCUGCACAAGAUCAUCCAGCUGGCAGAGCAGCUGAAGACCGGCGCCCGCGACCUCUACGCCUUCUCCGCCAUCAUGGCCGCGCUGGAGAUGCCACAGGUCACGCGGUUAGAGAUGACAUGGAGAGCUCUGAGGAGGAACCACACAGACAGCGCUGUGCUUUUCGAGAAGACACACAAACCCUUCAUGAAGGCUCUCAACGAGGGCGAUGACUCGGUGGUGUCGGGUCCCGUGGCGGUGCCCCACAUCGUGCCGCUGCUGCGUCUGAUGGAGGGGGAGGAGCCUGUGGAGCACGCGGACCCAGAGAAGGGGUGUGGCCUCCUCUACAGCCUCCUGCAGGCGGCGCGCUCCACCGCCGUGAGCGCCGCAGAGCACCAGCAGCACGCUAGCAGCCUGCUCUCAGCCGGCUGGGAGCCGAUCCCGGAGCUCCUGGAGGCGUUCCGGACGGAGUUUGCGCUGCGUCUGUUCUGGGGUCAGUCGGGGGCGGAGGCGGAGCGCCAGGAGCGCUACGAGAAGUUCGACAAGAUCCUCACCGUCCUCUCUAGCAAGCUGGAGCCACUCGAGGUGCCCACCGAGACCCUGUGAAGUUCGACAAGAUCCUCACCGUCCUCUCUAGCAAGCUGGAGCCACUCGAGGUGCCCACCGAGACCCUGUGAACUUUGAACUUUGCCCCUUUUACACUGUGACCUUGACCUUGACCUUGGCUGGUGUGGAAGUUCCCACACGGGUCUUUGACCUUGGAUCAUUUCUGGGGGUGGAUCUUUUCCCCGGAACUCUCCGGAGUGGUGUUCCUGUUGGCUGUAUGCGUGCCAAUGGGUCCUACAAACUGACUUGGAAUCAGCCACAUCGGGCCACUACAUGGCGUUACGAGCUAAAGCUGAAACUGCAUCUCUGAUCUGGAAUCAGUGGCCGUAGAGGAGAAGCACACUGUCUGUAAAUGUAUAUUUGUUUAUAUUUGAUCUCAACAGCCAAACAAAUAGACACCUGUCUUCAACAGAAUGAGACAGAAUGUGAUUGGGCUCAGAAUCGCUUGGUAUACCUUUAAAGUUUUUUUCUGUUUUGUGUGUUUAAACCAUCAAAAACGACCUUGGAAAUAGCAAUAUAAUGAGAAAACACCAUAAAUAUAUAUAGUAUAUAUGUCUAUGGAAAACACUGUAUUGAUGUCAUAAAGGCCUUUGUUCCAUGAUGGCAUCCGAUGAAGUUGGCGCUCAAAGCCAGGCCAGCUCUCUUGAAACGCCAGGUCAAGUCAAAGGUAUUGUACCACACAGCUGUGUUUGAGAUAACUGGAACACGUGCAGAAUUCCACUUAGCUCAUUUUGAGUGACAAUCUCUUGGAUGCCCAUCCUGCUGUGUAUUGUACCACACGGCUGUGUUUGAGAUAACUGGAACACGUGCAGAAUUCCACUUAGCUCAUUUUGAGUGACAAUCUCUUGGAUGCCCAUCCUGCUGUGUAUUGUACCACACGGCUGUGUUUGAGAUAACUGGAAACGUGCAGAAUUCCACUUAGCUCAUUUAAGGGAGUGACAAUCUCUUGGAUGCCCAUCCUAUUGUGUAUAGAUUAGUCACUCGGAAGAAAACAAGGUCACCAGAACUGGGGAAAAACAGGAAAAGAGGACUUUUGGACUAACCCAACAAUUUCUGACUCAGGGUGUGGGUUGGGUGACGCAUGGUGAGGUUGAAUUUGAUGAUCAAAGACUCAUGUGGCAAUCUUGUGCCCCAAGUCUGAAUGUCACAAUCAGGCUCCCAAAUCAUGACGUCACAAUCAGGCUCUCAUUAAAAAACUGGCAAGGCAAUUGAUCACUAAAUUAAGACUAGAUAUAGAAACCUGAGACAAUAUCACUCUUACUCAACAUCAGUAAGCAGUUGUAAUAUACUGUAAAGACAACACAAAAAUGCACAUAUGCCACUGCGGGAGCCCAUAUUUGUUUUCCGAGCUGACCUGAUGAACACAGUUUUGAUUUUUUUUGGAAGUUGGGAUUUGUUCAAGUUGGAUCUUUCUGCGUUUACGGUUAUCGUGAAUGCAGCCUUAUUAGUGAAUCGGUCAUCGUGAAUGCAGUAAGGAGGCUACCUCUGGACUAGUGUCUAAAAGGUCUGUGUGCUUCUGACAGUAUACAGGGCGUUUAAAGCGUACCUUACACUGACAGAUGUUGACAAGGUUUGGGAAAGAUUCUUGAAAGAUUGUAGUCUUUUGAGUAAAGCUUGAAUGAGGGGCAUUAGUUAAAAGACUACAAUCUUUCAAGAAUCUUUCCCAAAUCUUGUCAAAGUCGGUCAGUGUAAGUGUGUGAAUGAUGAUGCAUUCUGACUGACUGGAUGGGUUUGACCACAUGCAUGCUUUUUGGGAAAAUGUUUUGGUGUGACAUUUCAAAAAUGUGUUUACAUCUAUUUUGGUGUAUUUGUGUGUGAACGAGUGAGAGAAUGAACAAAAGUGUACAAAGAUGUGUGUUUAUUUGUUAGCAUGUGUGUGUGUGUGUGUGUGUGUGUGUGAGAGAGAGAGAUUUGUGAGUGUGUGGGGAGAUGUGCAGUAAAUUUCGCAAUCCCUCUGUCAUUAGUAUUGUUCAUGAUUUACUGUGAGACUUCAUGUCAACGUUUCAUCACUGGAGGGUUUCAAAAUAAAAGCUUGUUGUACAAAAAAUAA